GUCAUGUGUAUGAGUGGGCUCGUCUUCAAAUGACCCGCCUAGUUCCUGUUGAAAUUCUAAAGGUGAUUGGCUACGCUCUGUGAGGGUGGAUUUCACCGACGCAUUCCGUUUGGAACAAUAAAUAGAGCGAACAAGGCUCCUUCCAGUUCACAAGUCUGAGAAGACGCAUGAAGAAGUUCUUGCUUCAACAGUGAUUGAACGGAACUCCUCUGCCUUCGUCCCGCGUUAUCGAACAUUCCGGGUUGAUAACAUAUCACUGACUUGAACUAUAAUAGCAAAAUAGUCUAAGAAACUCUAUUUUUGUACUUUUCAUUUCGAUAUAAAAUAAAAUCUGACGAGAUGGAGUCUCAGAUCCGCCAGAACUAUCACCACGAUUGCGAAGCUGCCAUCAACCGGAUGAUCAACUUGGAGAUGUUUGCCUCCUACACCUACACCUCAAUGGCUUUCUAUUUCUCCCGUGACGAUGUGGCGCUGCGUGGCUUCGCGCAUUUCUUCAAGGAGAACAGCGAUGAGGAGCGGGAGCACGCCGACAAGCUACUCUCCUUCCAGAACAAGAGAGGUGGACGCAUUUUACUCCAAGACAUCAAGAAGCCAGAACGUGAUGAGUGGGGCAAUGGGCUGGAGGCCAUGCAGUGUGCUCUGCAGCUGGAGAAGAAUGUGAACCAGGCCCUGCUGGACCUGCACAAGAUUGCCUCUGACAAGGUUGACCCCCAUCUGUGUGACUUCCUGGAGACCCAUUACCUGAAUGAGCAGGUGGAGGCCAUUAAGAAGCUGGGAGACCACAUCACCAACCUCACCAAGAUGGAUGCUGUCAAAAACAAGAUGGCAGAGUACCUGUUUGACAAGCACACCCUGGGAGGCCAGAGCUAAACCACUUCCAUCCCCAGGCUACGGCCUCCAGCCUCAGACCAGGACUCCUGGCUUCUCUGAUAGAUCCUACUGGCUUUGCAUUUAUAGGGAGGGGAGUAUUAAACUGGUGCAGUGCAACACAGCUGUAACAUUGAGGUGUUUAUGUUGACAACCCUACUGUAUUGGAGGCAAGGCAUCUUGUAAAACAAUAAAACAUUUCACUUAGGUU